AUGGAGAAGUACUGCCUGGAUUCUCUUUCCAACAUCUCAGAACAGCAUGGCAUGUUCUGUAACAUCACGUUGCUAAAUGUUACAGGAAAUGACACUGGAACCAAGUCCAUUGAGGAAAGACUACUGGAAGUUCUAGGGCCGAAGCGCUCCCCCGUCUUUCUCCCUAUCUCCCUGGUUUACCUGCUCAUCUUCCUCCUGGGCGUGUCUGGCAACCUGCUCACAUGCACAGUGAUAUCCAAACACAAGAAGAGGUGCACCCCCACCAACCUGUACCUGUUCAGCCUGGCUGUGUCAGACCUCCUGGUGCUAUUCUUUGGGAUGCCCCUGGAGAUCUACGACCUGUGGCAGAACUACCCCUUCCCCUUCGGAGAGGGAGUCUGCUACUUCAAGAUUUUCCUCUUCGAGACUGUAUGCUUUGCCUCCAUCCUCAAUGUGACAGUGCUGAGUGUGGAGAGGUAUAUCGCAGUGGUCCAUCCACUAAAAACACGCUAUGUUGCCACCAACAAGCAUGCCAAGCAUGUCAUCAGUGCUAUAUGGGUGCUGUCCCUGGUUUGUGCCAUCCCUAACACCUCCCUGCAUGGCAUCUACUACUUGAAUCUCCCGGAGAAGGUGGCAGAGUCAGCCAUAUGCAGUUUGAUAGGUUCCCCGUGGAUCUACAACCUGGUGAUUCUGAUCACCACCGCAUGCUUCUACAUUUUUCCCGUGACGGUGAUCAGCGGGCUGUACCUGGGGAUUGGCAUCAAGCUGGGCAGGGAGCGACACCUCUCCCGGGGGACGAUGAGGAAGAACUGUAGCGCUAACAUCAGCUGGAGAAUCCAUGUGGAGCAAGUGCGCAGGAGACAAGUCACCAAGAUGCUUGCUGUGGUCGUGCUGGUGUUUGCCAUCUGCUGGGCACCUUUCCACAUUGACCGGCUCCUUUGGAGCUGCAUCAUGCAGUGGUCUGUCUGGACAGACCUCAACCAAGCUGUGUACCAGUGUGUGCACCUCCUUUCAGGCAUCCUCUUCUACCUCAGCUCUGCAAUCAACCCCGUUAUCUAUAACCUGCUCUCCACACGCUUCCGGGAAUGCUUCUGGGAUCUCGUCUGCACCCAUACAGAAGACACCACUGCUGGAAAAGACUUAACACCCUCCGCCAAGAUCCUGCUGGUCCCCUCGGGCCCAGUUCCUAAGACCCAAGCCAGGCCUAGUGACCACAACUCCCUCACUCCCCUGUUAUCUCCAACUGGGAACACAGAGAUCACAACACUGACAAGUAAACAUUUGUGCGUGGUGGACUCUGACUUCACUGCUACUGCUUUUUAA